AUAACCUAAAAACGUUCAGUGCGGAUAUGUAAUAUUUUAUUUUUGGAGUGAACAUUUAACAGUUUUGUAUCGAAAUUUGACACUGCGAGUGCAGUGAAGCUACCUUCGAGUUUCGAAUGAGUGGGCGCUACUUCUACCUGCAGAUUGACGUGAUUGGAGAUAAGGUUGAGCCCCUUGAGGUGCGGCAGAGUAUACAGGCAGCCUGUGGGAAAGUGUUUGGAGAGUGCGGCUCUGUGCUGCCUUUGGACGUGCUGACUGUGCAGCACUCGCACGCUGGUCCAUCAUGUCGAUAUCCCGCAUCGAGAGCGGCCCCGGCGGCAAGGACGUGCUGCUGAUCGCGUCGCCGGCGGCGCUGGCCGAGCCCUCCCGCGUGUCCCUGCCCGAGCCCGAGCCGGCCGCCGGCCUCAUCCUGCCCGACGGCUCCAUCAACUGGGGCUGCCCCUGCCUCGGCGGCAUGGCCACUGGGCCCUGCGCGCAGCCCUUCCGGGACGCCUUCUCCUGCUUCCACUACAGCGAGGCGGAGCCGAAGGGCAGCGACUGCUACGAGAAGUUCAGCGAGAUGCAGGCGUGCAUGGCCAACUACCCCGAGCUGUACGGCCGCGACGAGGACGACGAGGAGCCGGCCCUGCCCGGCACCGGACCCGCACCCGGCGCACCGGACGAGCGGCCGCCCGACGCCGACAACCAACUCGCCGAGCCCUAGCGGCCGAGACACAAC